UUGGAUCCUUCUCUGCUCUCAGGCUUGUUUACGCUUUCUAGAAGACGACUCCUUACGAAGUUGCCAAAGCUAUAAGAGGAGAAAGAAAAUUUAUUUGUGCGUCUAUUCGUACGAUCGUUAAGUGAUUUACGCAUGAAAAGAGGUUUUUUAAUCUACAAUGGAAAAAUCCGAAAUGAAUAACGAGUUCAUCCUUUUGCGACACGCAGUUCGUCAGGCACGAGUCUGUGUAAUAAAUAAGCUUAUCAAGGAGGCUAAGCUCUUGCGGGACAGAUAUGGAAACCCCGCGCAAUGGGAGAAGUGUAACAAGAAAGCCGACAAACUGAUCGCCGAGGUUUACGCGCUGAAGACAAUUAAGGACGACGAGAUUUCAAGAUUCGGUAUUUUAAAUGAGAAAGGCCUGAUCGAAAUAUUACAGGAUCCAUCGUCAAGUAGUAGCGUUCGCAUAAUGGCGAGGGUGGCAUAUCAUAAAACUCUGUGUAGAAGACUGACGCAGUUUAAGGAGAGGUUCCCCGACUGCAAGAAGCAUCUGACGGAGAAGAAAAAGGCCGCCAAGUUGAAAGACAAGGACGCUGCGAAAACUAAGAAAUCUAAAGAGAACAAUUCUCAGAGUAAAGGUUCGAAGAAACAAAAAGUUGUCCUGGAUAAAAACAACGUCGAACAGCACAACUCCAAAGAUGAGGAAGGAUCCAACAGCGAGUUAUCCGAAGUGAAAAGUAACUCACGCAAGCGCAAAAAGGCACUGGACGGAGAUAGCACGUCCUUGGAAAAGCAAAAAUUGUUGAAACUAGAGAAAGACGAUGUUGGGUCAGAGGCUACAGUCGCGAAUAAGCAGUCAAGUGUAAUUAAACCAUCUGGCGUCACGAAAGAGGCCACGGUGAAGAGGUUCGUCGAGCUGUUGGUGGAGCAAGAAGCUAAUCAGGACGCGCAGACGUCGGUCGAAAGUCAACAUCCCGCGGGCACCGCGACCGAGCAAGUAAAGACGGUUGACGACUUCUUCAUCACGACGGACGGUCAGAACUAUCAAGGAAACAGCGCCUCGACGUCGUGCACAAAACCUCGCAGAUACGAUACGCGAGGUAAAACUUUCCAAUUCAACGAUCGGACGAAAAAGCAAAAUGCAAAUCGCAAAAACGACACAAACGUCAAUAACAAACAUCCGGGCAAACAGUCUUUCUCCGCGAAGUCCAAGAAAAUGACACCCAAUAAGUUUAACAAGAGCGCAAGCAAGAGUAACGCGAACGCGAAUGCAGUUGUCAAUAAAAAAGACGACACCGCCGGCUUGCAUCCUUCUUGGAUGGCUAAGAAAAAAGAGCAGGAAAUUAUGAGCAAAGGAUUUCAGGGCAAGAGGAUCGUAUUUACGGACGAUUAGGCGUAAUAGUUUACCGUACGGAGUAAGGAGCUUACAAAUUAAUCGAGAACCUUUUGUAAAGUGCUUUGCAAAUUUCAACGAUACAUUCGUCAUAUUGUUUUAACAAAGAUGUUUACAUAUGUACAUUUAUUUUCAAGUAAUACAUUUAUUUAAUGUAAAUAUCCUAAUAGCAUCAUAUGUUAUGUCUUCUUUUCUACAUAGUUUAUGUAUUUUUUUGUUCAAUAAAAUACAAUCAAGUUAAAUUAAA